CUCGCAGAGUCGCAGCCCAUUUGCAGACUCGCAAAAUCUCUUCCGGUUCAGAAGUGUCCAGAUCUGGCUCGCCUGGCCACGCCUUGCAACGCUCCUUAAGCCUUCCGCGCGCUAAACGUGCAACUCGCGAAACAGCUGAUCGCCUCGGGCGAUUUCCUGCCGCCUCGCUCCGAUGCGCUCGCCGACGCGCGCGAAGGCAUGCUUUUAAAAACACUGCUUUGGACAAAGAAAAAGAUUACAAUUUUCAGUUCCAUUUGUCGAUUACUUCAUCACCCCAACUAAAACCCCAAAAUUAACCCACCAUCCCAUUCACCAAAAGCAGUGUUGGGAAUUUGUGAUGAUUUUGGAUCUCAGCUGAAGUGUUUGGUUUAGUGUUUGAGUUAGAAAUGGCAGCUAGACAAAUGGAAGAGAUACAGAGGAAGCUGGCGAUGCUGAAUUACUCGAGAGCCAAUGCGCCUGCUCAGUCUCUCCUCUUCGCCGGCAUGGAACGCUAUGCUCUUCUCGAAUGGCUGUUCUUCCGCUUGUUGGGGGACAAGUCACCCUUUUCUCAACAGAGUCUUCAAGGGGACGCCAUGGAUCGUGACGAAGAGACUGCUCGCAUCCAAUAUUUGGCAGAGAUUGCAAAGUUUUUGGGUAUUACUACUACUUCAGACACAGAAGCCAUCCAAGGACGAGGAAGCUAUGAAGAUCGCACUGAAAUGCUUCGUCUUAUUGUAGAUCUUGUGGAGGCAAGCGUUUAUGCUGAUAAUCAAGAAUGGAGUAUUGAUGAGCAGGUAGCGAAGGACAUACAACUGAUUGAUUCCAUUGCUGAGAGACAAGCUCAAAUAUUCUCCGAGGAGUGCAAAUUAUUCCCUGCUGAUGUUCAAAUUCAGUCCAUAUAUCCAUUGCCUGAUGUUUCUGAAUUGGAAAAAAAGCUUUCAGAACAAUCAAAGAUACUCUUAAGUCUUCAACAGAAGGUUGACGAUUUGGCAUCAAAGCAUGCAUACAACCCAGAUGAGGAUUAUGCAGAGGUGGAGUCCAGAUUGCGUGCACAUUUGGAAUCUUUCCUAGAAACUGCAAGAUCAUUCAAUACGAUUUACACUAAGGAAAUACGUCCCUGGACACACAUGAUGGAGGUACCCCAGCUCCAUGGGUUUGGGCCAGCUGCCAAUCGCUUGUUAGAGGCAUACAAGAUGCUUUUAAAGUUCCUAGGGAACUUGAGGAAUCUUAGAGACUCCCACGCAGCUCUUGCUGUCGGAUCAUCUGACUCAGUUGCAGGUGAGCCCUCAUCUGUCACGAGAAUAAUCUCUGAAUGUGAAUCUGCAUUGACAUUCUUAAAUCGUGACCUUGGAAUUCUCUCGGCUUCCAUUGCUCGCGAGCAAGGUGGGGAGGUGAAUUUAUAACAAUUAUUAUAGUCAUUGGGAGGAGGGCCAUGAAUUCAGUCUCUUCCUCAUCUUCUGGGAAUGCAGAUGCAUGUUAUGAAAAUGUAGUUUAUUUGUGUUGCAUGAAAGCGAACUAAAUGUAAUAUCGAUUAUGAGUUCAUAUUGUCAACCAUGAUAGUCUUGUGUGCGUUGAUCUCUCACCAUGUUCAUUAGACUAAGAGUGGAAUUUAUGGGAAGAAGAAAAUCAAA